GUCCUUGUCUCACCGCACGGAGCUCGUCACCGCGCGCUCGUCCCCUGAUAGGAGGACACCGACGCCGCAUCCCUCCCUCGUCCUCCUCUCCCCCUCCCCACGCUGGUGUUUACGAGUGUAUAUAGGUGAGAUAAACCUUAUCAAUUCCUGGUGUAUGCGCAGAUCGCACCCUCUAAGGAGAAUGGAAAAGGAGGAGGAGGAGGAGGAGGUGUAAGAGCAGGAAAAACAAGCGGACCGAGGGAGCGUUCACGUUUCCAGCUGUAGCGGCGUUUACUGCUCGCUGGGGGGAGACGACGCAGACCUCCAGUCAUCCAGGGCGGAGAAGCGUCGUUGGAUACAGAGGAGGAGGAGGAGGAAGAGGAGGAGGGGGAGUGAGCGUGGAUGCUGGGUUGUUUUUUUUUCACCGACAAGACCAGAAAGGGAGAAUUAUCAGGCGGUUGUUGUUCGAAUCCUAAACUGCGAAGUGGAAAUACGCGUUUGUGGUCACCGGCGAUGGACUCCAGCUGUCGGCACUAAGCUCUCUAGUUUUUCUGAUGACCAACGGCCCUCAUGGCGCUUAUUCAUGAAUCACGUGCCCCCUCGCCUUCUCUCUCCGGCUUCAACAGCCCGCUCUCUGACCCGCCGUCCUUCCGUCGCCUCGAUGCCGAGACGCCCUGCACCCCAGAAAUGGACCUUACCCCGACCCAGUGCGUCCUUCGCAACGUCCUCUCCAUGGACACCGGAGGCGUCGUGGAGCCGGGGGGCGGCGGAGGUGGAGAGGGGCAGACUUGUGCACACAACCAGACACCGAACGAGGAUCAACAGGAGCACUUUGCCAACAGUGUCCUGAAGCUACACGAGCACGACGGGGGUCCGGGGCGGACGGAGGGAGAGGGGCAGGAGAUGGAAGGCAGUGCCGUCAGGAGCCAAGCGGGUGUCGCCAGGCUACAGUGCCAGUCCACCGGAGGGGGAGGAGGGUUUCUGGAGGGGUUGUUUGGGUGUCUGCGGCCUGUCUGGACUAUGAUUGGCAAAGCUUACUCCACGGAGCACAAACACGGCCUGGACGAGGCGUGGGAGAUCCCCUUCGAGGAGAUAUCGGACCUGCAGUGGGUGGGCAGCGGAGCGCAGGGCGCCGUCUUUCUGGGCAAACUGUACGGACAGGAAGUGGCUGUCAAGAAAGUGCGUAACAUCAAAGAGACGGACAUCAAGCACCUGCGCAAGCUCAAGCACCCCAACAUCAUCACUUUCAAAGGUAUUUGUACCCAGGCUCCGUGUUACUGCAUCAUCAUGGAGUACUGUGCCCAAGGACAGCUGUUUGAGGUGCUGAGAGCGGGCAGGCAGAUCCAUCCCUCCCUGCUGAUGGACUGGGCCAUGGGCAUCGCCGGGGGCAUGAACUAUCUCCACCUCCACAAGAUCAUCCACCGAGACCUCAAGUCACCAAACAUGCUGAUCACGUAUGAUGACGCGGUGAAGAUUUCUGAUUUUGGCACAUCCAAGGAGCUCAGUGACAAGAGCACCAAGAUGUCCUUCGCUGGUACGGUGGCCUGGAUGGCUCCCGAAGUCAUACGCAACGAACCCGUCUCAGAGAAAGUGGAUAUUUGGUCAUUCGGCGUCGUGCUGUGGGAGAUGCUGACAGGAGAGGUGCCCUAUAAGGAUGUGGACUCCUCUGCCAUCAUCUGGGGUGUGGGCAACAACAGUCUCCAUCUGCCUGUACCUGAUAGCUGCCCAGACAGCUUCAAACUACUCCUGAGGCAAUGCUGGAACUGCAAGCCGAGAAACAGGCCUUCCUUCCGGCAGAUUCUCCUGCAUCUGGACAUCGCAUCAGCAGAUAUACUAUCGACUCCACAAGAAACCUAUUUUCAGACUCAGGUGGAGUGGAGGGAUGAGGUGAGGCACCACUUUGAGAAGAUCAAGUCCGAAGGGACGUGUCUUCACAGGCUGGACGAGGAGCUGAUCAAAAGACGCAGAGAAGAACUCAGACAUGCACUGGACAUCCGGGAGCACUACGAGAGGAAGCUGGAGAGAGCCAACAAUCUCUACAUGGAGCUCAACGCCAUCAUGCUGCAGCUGGAGCUCAAAGAGAAAGAACUGCACAAGAGGGAGAAUUCACUGGACAAGAAGUAUCCGGGCUGCUUCAAGCACCAAAGCUCCCGACAGUCGGCCUCCUCCAACUCCAUGGAGAAGCUGAUGAAAAAACGCAACGUACCUCAGAAACUUCCUUCAUACAACAAGAGGCCAGACUUACUAAAGUCAGAGGUCAUCCUCCCCAAACUGGACUCUUCAAUGACACAGGUCACAAUCCCCAACAAGGGAUCUACCUCCCCUGGCCGCUCACGUCGAGGAAAACCCCGCUACAGGAAGGCUGGGAAAGGUAGCAGUGGGGACUUGGCUCAGCUGAAAGCCACUCUCUCCUCCUCUUUAGCCAUGGUGAACGCCACCUCGUCGGUCCCCAGCAGCAAGCAGCAUUUAGACCCCAGUGCCGCCCUGCGAGGCCUGCAGCACGACCUGCUGCUCAAGAAGAUGUACUCCUCCAGCCCGGAUCUCAUUUCGACCACCUUGGAGGCGGAAGGCCGGAGGAAGGGGCAGGUCAUGCCGGGGCUGGACAGGGCGGGCAGCCAGAGCGCCUCGGCCGGGCUGGGGGAGAGCAGAGGGACCGGAGGAGGCGAGGAGGGCGCGGACGUGAGCGCGCGGACGGACGACCUGGCUGAGACACCCCCACGCAGUGACACGCCCAGCGAGGACGCCGCCUCCAUCCCGUUCUCCAGCAGCCCCGACUCGCCGUGCGGCAGGGGAGCCGCCGCGGGGCGGGCGCCCGCGCUCGGAAGCCCCCGCGUCCCCCACGAGGGCGAGGAGAAGGAGGACGGGGUGGUCAUCACCCGCUCGCCCAGGAGCCAGCGCCUCACUCCUGCUGCGCUGCUCUACAGGGCAGCAGUCACACGCAGCCAGAGACGUGGAGUGUCGUCAGAAGAAGAGGAGGGGGAGGUGGACAGUGAAGUGGAGUUGCCAAGGAGACGGCGUCCCGUGAGCAUGACCAAGUGCCAGUCCCUGUCCAACUUCAGCUCAGAGAACCUGUCGGUGUCGGACGGCGAGGAGGGAAACACCACCGACCACUCCCACAGCGGCACGCCGGACGUGGUCAGCACCAACACCGACGAGCGCCUCGACGACAAGAGCGACGACCUGCUGUCUCAGGGCUCGGAGAUUCCCGCCGACCCGUCCGACUCAACCCACGGCUUGUCUGAGAAGGAAGCUGUUCUCCGACAGGUCAAGACCCAGCUCGCCACUAACGAUCAUAAUUAUGAGCAGGGCCUGUACGAUGACUCGGACUGUGACAGCGCAGAGCUGGACCACUCGGGCAGCGCGGAGCCCAGCCGGCCCGCAGCCAACUGGUGAAAAGUCACCUCAACCCACUCCGACGCCCGCCGAUGUGGCGCCCCGAAGCCUCGUUGACUCUAACCUGACCAGAGGCAUCGCGGGAGGAGGGGGGGGGAGGGUCCGGAAAUCAGGCGUUUCUCUGUCAUCACUAGCAGGAAGUGAAGACAUUCACUUGAUGUGGUGAGUGUUUUCGGAGCACUGAUGUCCUGUGGGGUGGGAUUGGGGGGUGGUUGAACAGAUAAAAACAUUUCCUCUGAGAUAAACCGGUCCGAAGGACGUGAAACUGAAUUGGAGCACCGGGCGAGCUGACGGCGCGGCGGCCGUCAAAGCAACGACCGUCGAUUAAAACGCCUCCGUUUGUAUUCUUUAUCUCCGUUAUGAGUAAGUGCGUCAUAUCAUUUCACAUCACGUCGUACGGGAAUGUGACUCUAACGUCUUAUCAGGGUGUCAUUAUAUUCUAAGGUUGCUAUUGUCGACAUCACUGGGACACCCGCUGAUGUUUCUGCUUGCACUUAGUCCAUGAAAUGUACAAAUUUUAUUGUGAUUAUCGUGUCAUAAUGCAUUUUCUCCCAUAACGUUAUGCACUAAUUUAUUGUUAUUUUACAGUGAAUUCAUUGACAUUCUUAAGAAAAACCACGUUUACAUUUUUCAUUUAUAUCUUCAUUUUUUAAUUUAUAUUCGAGUCACGGAUUACGUUCUCCCAUUUUCUACUCCUGUGUUUUAAAUAUCUAUGUAAAUAUGUGAUGUUGUAAAAUGAACAAAUUUUUAAAACGUGAGAUUGUAUAAUUUAAAGGUGCUGAUGUUUGUAACUAGGUGCCACUACUCUAUUUGAACCUCAAGAAGCUUAUGUUAGUAGAAUGUACUGUAGCCUCUGGUCAUGUCCGAGCAUCAAAACACAGAUAAAAGAGUAACGUGUGAACAAAGAAAAAGCAAUAUGUCCGCUCCUGUCACGUCACAGGUCAAAAGAACCACAGCUGACUUCGCUGAGAGCAGAUGGGCUUUUUUUUUUUAAUUAGUAUUGCAGUGUUUACCGUAUUAAAACGCAAUACCAGUUUGAAAACCCCAUUUUGAACAUCUAGGGAUGUAUAUAGAAAAGCAUGCUUGUGAUGAAGUAUGCGUGGCUUGUUUGUCACUAGAAUAUUAGCUCCAUCCAUUGAGAAAGAAACCCACGAGACUGCAGACUAAAUGUCUGAAGGCAUCUGGAUGACAGGGACACAAAACACUCAAACAUCAGAUCUUAAGCAGUAAUGGGAUGAACAGUUUUUCCUCUCCUCCCACAAAAUAAAAGGAGUGUUUACCUACAAAUGAGCCAUGAAAUCAUGAUUUGGCCACUUGCAUCUAGUGCUGACCCGCAACAUGGCAGAUGCAACUAUUUAAAUAUCGUGGCAUUAAAACAUAAAACUCUGAUCUCGAUGUACUUGUGUCCCUUGACAAAGCCUUCUUGUGCACAUGUGGUUUAAUCUGACUGCAAAUCAGCCAGCUGCAUUCUGCUCCUUAUGAGUGAUCAGGUUCCAAUCAAUAAGCUAGAAGAAAAAGGCAGCUUUGUUUUGUCAGUUUUUUCCACUUACAAUUUGUAGAACAUUUUAAACUGACUGUACCCAAGAUUUAAAAAUCGGAAUCCUUCUACAGGACAAAAUGUUGCCAAAAAACGAUACUGCCCUCUAGUGUCUCCAUAGUGAAGGUACUUGCGUUUCCGAAGAUGCUGAUUGAAAACCCCCUGUAUGAACCGCAACGUUUCCCUUUUCUAUUAUUGUAACUGUACCAUAAAUAUAUUUAAGAAACAAUUUAAAAUAAAAACCAAACCUAGAAAA